AUGAUCAUCUCUGUCCCGCCAGAAAUAUUCCUUCACAUCUCAGAAUACUUUCCGAUCUAUGAAAUCCCUGCAACAUUCUACUCCCUCGCAUUAUCUGGACGCGCACUCUCAAACAUCAUCCUCCCUCUCUUAUGGUCCCGCCUUAUACUCAGGAACGAGCGCGAUGCUCGAACAGCCAUCCAAACUAUUCUUCAGGACAGGGGAAAGGGAGCGAGCGUACAAGGGAUCUACAUCGUUUCUGAGCUCUCAGCGCAGACCCGGCUGGAUCCAGAAUCGUUGGACGUCUUGAGCGCUCUCGAACGACUCGUCGAGACUGGCGCUCUUCCCAUCCUCCAAAAGCUCGAACUGAACCCGGUGGGGUCCUCGUGGCAUCAGGAUGCAUCCGGGACACUACACCCUAGACAAUAUGGUCAAUUUCCAACGUCCUUUUGGCGAGCCUUGGAGCGGAGCUGUCCUCAGCUCACCAGUCUGACGCUCAGAUCUAUGGACGACUGGUCGGAGCAUGGGACCUCUUUCAUCAAAGAGUCUGGUAUAUUCGAGGUGCAGAAUCUCACUAGCCUCACUCUGGAGCCAUCCGACGCGCAGGCUGAUACCCUACCGAUGGAUGGAUACUUGGAGAUCCAAUUCCCCUGCUUGGAACGCGUAAUGUUCGCCGGAUUCGUGCUCUCCAACACAGAGAAAGCCACAGAAUUCUGGAAGGCACAUCCGACGCUCGAGCGAGUUCACGUUCGCCAUUAUGGCUGGAAGUGGGAGAAUGUAGCGACACAGCAUCGGUUUUCAAAGGAGGCUGGCGCCAUCGAAGGGCUCCUUCCGAACCUGAAGUAUCUCGAGGCCCAGCCCUUUGAUCUCCUCAAUAUUCCCACUAUCGUUCGCCGACUGGAGCGUCUCACAGUGCAGAGCCCCCGCGUUCCGACCAUCCUUUCCCAGAUUCUGACUUUGGAUUUCCCUUGCUUGAGAAGCUUGAGCAUUAUUCAAAGCCAAUUCCUCGUUGUGGAUGCGGAGAAUCAAACCCUCGAAGCUGCCGCUGCGUUGGGGUUCGAGAACCGUAACCCUUUGGAGAGGACUUUCGUAUACGACCUGGUGAAGACCCUUGUAUACCUCGCUCCGAACCUCGAGGAGCUGGCUAUACGAGUCCACAGUUUGAUCGCCAUAAAUUGCGACAUCAUUGCACCAGACCUCGCUCACCUCAAGAAUUUGGAGCGCUUCUUUUUCUACGACGCUAAAUGGAAGCUCGAGAGUAAUGACUAUCAGGAGGGGUUCCUCGAGUCCCAAGUUCGGAAAAUGGCCGAUGUGUGUCGCUCGUUGACACAGGUCGGCUCUCUUUGCGCGCCUGCUUAUGGAGGCUUCCCGACGGCGUAUAUCUCAAGGAAUGAGGACGGCAGUGUCUCUACUAUCAGGAUGGGUCGAAGCAGAGGGCUGAUCAUUGGAGAUGAAGAUCGAGCCUUCCCGAGGAGGCAGUCUAACCUAUACGUUACACGUUUGUAG